AUGUCACGAAAGCGACGUAAUACAUCUUCUCCCGAGCCUGAUGACCUUCCCUCCCCGAAACGCCAGGACUCGAGAGACGGUCGCAAUGACUGGGACGACUCGGACGAGGACCUUGACGAGACUCCCCAUGUCGGCGAAUAUACUGGGCAAGUCGGGGCAUUCCCAGGCUUAGGUGGCGAGGACGACGAACUCUUCUAUGGCCCGGCUGCGGAUGGAAUCGACUACCUCCGUAUGGUUCGGUCCGAAGCCAAAGGCGUUCCUCACAUCUUGGCGGCGCCGAAAGAGAAGCUAGCAGAUAUACAUACAGUAGCCGAAGAAGGGGGAUAUUACUACGAUGGAGCAUACACUGGCGUCACAAAGGCUUCCGUCGCCAGCCCAACGGCGUUUCCUAGAGCUCAGCAGUACUAUUACGACUCGUUGCUUACUCAAUUCCGAUUAGUGCAAGCCACGAUGCGGUGCACCCCUCCAUUAUCCAGCAUUGAGGAAUUGGCUUCUUCACAGUUCAUUUCUUUUCCAGCCUCAACUCGGAAGGCCCGUUCACAAUGGGAUGCUCAUAUGCGAGCAUGCGACCCUCACCCCGUUCAGGUUGCGUGUUUCGAUGCGGAGACAGUUCUAGAGUUGGUGAAGUUUCUUCGAAUGAGAUUAAAUCAUUUCCUGUUCAGCAAGGAUGGAUCUCUGACUGGCCGGAUUGGAGCUUGGGCUUGGGCGAUAUUGGGGAAGUGCAGAGAUCGAGGAGAGUUGUCUAGUGAUGACAUUGGCGAGCUUCGAGCACUGGCACAGAGAGCACUGCAAAUUCUCCAGAAACAGGUGGACGGAGCAGCUCUUGAUGAGUCUCUCUGGUCUGAGGAUGGCGAUGCUCAUGAGGAAGUAACCCAAGGGCCGGAUGAUGAGAUUCGCACUGUAGAAGCAGGCGGAAGCUCACACAUGGACGGUCUGACCAAGAUGACCUUGGACAUGAUCGUUACCGUUGUGGGCGAAGUCUACGGCCAGCGAGACCUGUUGGACCUACGCACGAACUGGGACGAGGCGUCUGGGGUGGUUUGA